AUGUUGGUUCGUGUAAUUUUGUUAUCUCUGCUUGUAUUAUUCUACAAUCAGGCCUAUGCCUUUUUCGAUUACGGAGAAGUGGACAACCAAGUCUCUGGUGGGAAUAUUUUGCAUUUAUAGUAAUUACAUGAUCAAUCUCGAGUAGUUAGUUAUAGUUAUGAACAUAAGUCAUGGUUCUGUCUCAUUUAACGAUUUUAUAUUGUGUCCUAGAAAUCGUGCCAAAAGAAGUCAAAACUUUUUACGAUGGGCUGACGACUGAAGAUCGGGCAGUUCUCAAGAAAGUACUCAGCAAAGGCAGCACUUACAACAAUGUCAGUGAAGUCCUAAACGACCUCAAAAAUGGUUCUUCUUCGCUUUAUGACAAGGCUGUCGCUCUGGUCACCGACUUUAGAAGUACCAUGUCCAAAUUGGGAUCGAAUUCCACUAAAUUCAUUGAUGAGGUGAGAUAAUAAUUUAGAUAAUAUUAUUAUUAGACUGUCCUCCAAAUCCAAAGAGCCUUGGGAGAGACUUUUUCCAUCCAGAAAGUCAAAGCCGAAGCCAACGUGGCUGUUGCUCGUUACCAAGCUCUUGAUGACGCCACCAAAAACGAACUCAAGGAGGCCUUCCCUGUUGUCGCUACUAUCAUAAACAGUAAGUCUACAGACUCUUUAAUGCCUCCUCUCUCAAGACCCCAUAUUUCAGACAUUGGCGGCCGGAUUGUUGGGAAUCACAGCCAACUGA